UUUUCCACUCUGUCUGUUACUUUAUGUCUCUCUUGCAUCUACACCCUCCCUCCUCAGUGCCUCUCCUUCCCUCUGUCCGUUGCUAGCUGGAUAUCUGUUUGUGGGGUUAUGUCUGCUUUGGCAUGUUAAUUUAUUAGGUCGAUAUAGAAGCAGAGAUGUCUUGGGUAGCAUGCUGGCAUGGGUGCGAAAUCUGUUUGCUUGUAUUGGGUUAUCUGGUGUAUUUGUGUUAUGUCAAUUUUUUCCUUUUGUCGGUUUCAGUUUCUUAUUUGUUUUCCACAGCAUAAUUAAUAAUCUUCAUCUUAGGUAUUGUAUGAAAAUCCUUCUUGAGGAGCACUGCGAUGACUGGCUUUGUGAAGAUUGUGAAUCUGUCUCUAAACCAAGGUCUGCAGCAUCCACUCUGUCCAGAGAGUUGCCUAGCCUAUCAAAGUUGGCCAACUCUGUGGAAGUGAAUGAUGGUGCUAUACUGCAUGCCCGGGCUAAAAAAUGGCUGAAUGAGUCAAGGAAGGUUUCUUCCGAUUGGGAAAAGAAGGUGGCAACUGGGAAGACUAAAUACAUCUUGGCUGAAGAAGCCAUCAAACUCUCAUCAGGAGCUAUGAAAUCUUUGUCCAAUUUGAAGGUUUCUCAACGCUCAAGCCUCCUGCAACCUAAGGGGGGAAAUAGAUCCCGUAGAUCUUCUAUCAGGCCCCUAACUGAACAUAUAAGUUUCUCCCAGCAGGAUCUUUAUAAGAGAGCUUCUCUAAAAUUAAAGACUCAAAGACUUGGCAAUACGGAGAUCUGUCAACUACAAAAGCAACAAUCCAAAAAACUCACAGGUGGUAAUGGAUGUACUCCUGUGCAGCUAAGGUCUGAUUUUGAAAGACACUCAUGGACUCCUGCUUUGAGCACUUCAUGGAAGGGAAGUUUCUGCAUCCAUGAUGAUCUUAAACAUGCAGAACUGAACCUUCAGAUUGAAGGUCAUUCUCCCUCCCAAGUUCGUAGAAAGGUCUACAGAUUCUCAAAGCAAAUGCCUGAAGUACUUCAUUUUGAAUUGGUUUCUUGCAAAAUUUUCUGGAAGAUUUUUUUCCAGGAGUAUUUACCAGAUGGAAGAGACAUUGGACUGUAUUUCUUUUCAAGUGACAGAGAGAGGUCUGAUGAUUAUAUCUCAUUGCUGGAGACUAUUAGUGUGGAAAAUUUGGCAUUGAGGAAACAAUUUGAUGACGUGGAGCUUCUUGUUUUUACAUCCAAACUUCUGCCUGUGGAUUGUCAACGUUGGGAGGGGAAGUACUUCCUUUGGGGAGUAUUUCAUCGUCUUAAACAAGAUUCUACUGCCUGCCUGGGUAAUAGGGGAGCCAAAUUCUCAUUGAUGCCUUCGCUCAACGCCAAUUAUGGCUGCAAUCAGGGGGAUGAUCACCAGGAGGUCCAUAUGGAUAUGGACUUGCUAAGUGGGGUUAAUGUGGGAAAGAUGGAAGUUCCAGUUCGACAUGAAACUCUUAGAGAAGAACAUAUGAACUUUAGGAAUGACUCCGGUGGUGGGAUGGAUUUCUGGCUCAAGCAACACAGGUGCUGUGACCAGAGUUCCUCUGCAAAAUGUCAAAAGAGAAGCCUGCUAUAAUGUUCUUCCUGGAUUUGAGGGGACAUUUAAGACCAGAGUCCAAAAAGAUUCAAAGAACUUGGCCUUGUUGGAGGAAAGAGCGAGAGACCCAGGAAGUAAAAAUCUGAAUCUUUGUCACUGGUUGGUUCUGCUGACCUGACGUGAGACAUCUACUGAUAGAAAUCCGGCCAGGCUCCAAAUGAUGAAAAGGAGAAUGAUGAUAAUGGGUGCCAUAGAUGCUUCAUUUGCAUGCAAAGCACCUCCCCAAGAUGAAUUUUGGUUCCCUUAAAUGUGAUUCUGAAGUGGAAGAUCUCUAUGGAAGUAAGAAAACACAAUUUGGUUGUGACCGGAAGUAGUUAAAUCUGGAAUAUCCCCAUUCAUAGGUCCGAGAUCUACAUCUCUGAAUUGAAAGGUCCGAAUGAUCAACUCUGCAAUCAGUUGUUAGAAUCAAUAGGUCUUCAAAUUGUUCAUUUGAAAAAAUGGAAACCCUUCUUAUUGGAUGAUCAUGAUACUUCCCGAAAAUCGAAAUUCUUGAUCAAUGGAGGAACACCCUUUUUGUUCAAUAAGAUACCAAAGCGGAUGAUUGACUCAUUCCAUACUAGAAAUAAUCGCAGGAAAUCCUUUGAUAACGCGGAUUCCUAUUUCUCUUCUUAUUGUUAGGUGUUAAUAAUGUUAAUUAAGAGGUACAGUUUUUCUCAAAUUAACCAAGGUUCAGAUAUUAUGCUAAUUCACUAUUCUUUUCUGGUCAAGUAUAAUAUAUCGAAGGGUAAACUUGAAAGUAAUGUUACAAAGCUGAAUUUACUGUUUCGUAGAAAAUGUCAACUCUAACAUCCUUUAUGGAGUGGACAGAGUAAUAAUAUGUUGCAUUUUGGUACUAUAAUGCACGAUUGAUAUUUUUGUUUAAAUUCAAUUGAUUAAUUCUCUUAUAUGAAAUGGAUGUCUCUUAGAAAUAGGGUGGUCAGAUCCUGCAUAUAAAGAAAAUUUGUACAAAUAGAUCUAGUUUUGCCUACCACAUGAAAGUGAAAAUCUUAAAUUAAAUUCGACAUUCAAUGCAUACCUACCAGUUGGUGGAUUCCUAUAUGAAUAUAACAUAAAUCGCUACACUUCAUUAAAUUUUGGUGAUUCAGACAAGUUUUUCUGCAGUACAUUUCUUUGGAGAAUUCUUAUCCACUCAAGCAUUCUUGUGGCCAAAUACCAUAAUAUCAGGGGUUACGAGUAUUUCACUGUAUAUGAGCAUGGGGUUUUCUCUACUCGUUAACCUGGUGCUACUGGUGUUUAUGAAGCUUUGCAUGAAAGUUUGAGCUUCUCACUAGCCAAUCCAGGUGCUGUGGUGACAUUAUGCGUCGCUAAUCACCUGCAAGUUGAGGUGCCAAAAGGAUCUAUGCAGGCAAUUUCUAUAGCUGUUUGCAGUGUUCUGGGACAAGAAGAGUUAUUCUGCCUACAUAUGCAGGGGGAAACUGGAAGUGUUAGUGUUAAGGAAGUUGAAGUAUGCAUGUUUUCCUCCCAUUACGUCCCUCUAUUGAUGCUAUAGAUGUGCCCUUUAAUAUCUCAAAAUCCUGAAAGAAAGCUUUUCAGGUGUUGUUGAUAGAACUACUUGGCAUUGAUCUUACCUUGGUAUAUGAGUUGUAUGAUGAAGAAGAGAGCACCUGUGGUGUUUGCAUUUAUGUCUGCAGGCAUUCGGAAGAAAAGGGCAAUUUGUAAGUGUUGAUAAGUUUCGUGGUGGAAAAUUAUGAAGGUAAGACCAAGGCAAAAAAUUUGCUUUUAGUUAAGUUGGUAGUGCUAAAUUGACAGUUUAGAUUUGCAUUGGUUGACUCAGUUGAUAAGAAUGAGCGGAUCCAAUUCGGUGGUUGUAGGUCCCAUCUUUGCUACGAAAACUAUAUUGGUGGGUUAUAUGUAAAUACACUCAUAAGUAAUCUAUGAUUUCAAGAGCAUGCCCUAGCAUGUGAUGCUGAACGGAGCUGAAGUUUCUUGACCGAAAAAAAAAAGAAACGAUGAAUUACAUUUUGCCAUUGGACUA